GGAGGGGGAGUCAGAGUUCAGAGACGAUCUUUGCUCUCACAACGAGUCCUGCAGCUCUCAGUGCAACCCGUGCCACCAUGUUGGUUUCUAUAAUCCUCAUGUGGCUUUGCGUUUGGUUCAUCAUCCUUCAACUGAAAUCCCGGAGGCCCAAGAACUUCCCCCCGGGACCCCCCGCCCUGCCCGUACUGGGGAACCUCUUACAUCUGAGCCUGGAGAAUCCUCUGAAGGACUUUGAGAGGCUGAGGAAGAAGUAUGGAGACGUCUACAGCCUCUUCCUCGGCCCCAAACCCAUGGUCAUCCUCAACGGGCAGAAUGCGAUAAAGGAGGCUCUGGUGACCAAGGGGAUUGAUUUUGCUGGACGACCAGAUGACCUGUUCGUCAAUGACAUCACCCAGAGGAGAGGCGUGAUCCUGGCGAACUUUGGCCCCAGCUGGAGGGAUCACCGUCGCUUUGCUCUGACGACGAUGAGGAAUUUUGGCCUGGGGAAGAAUUCAAUGGUGGACAGGAUCCAUGGAGAGCUACAAUACACUGUGGAGGCACUGGAAAAAAACAUUGGCAAGAGCGUGAGUCCAGGAAUUCUCUUUUAUAACAUGGCCUCCAACAUCAUAUGCCAGGUUCUGUUUGGAAAACGCUUCGAGUACGACGACGAGUUCAUCAAAGUGAUCGUUCGUUGCUUUAGAGAAAACGCCAAGAUAACAAACGGACCCUGGGCGAUGUUGUACGACUCUUUUCCACUGAUUCGUAACUUGCCGUUGCCGUUCAUCAAGGCCUUCGAAAAUACUAAGGUUACUAUGGAAUUUGGACAUUCUUUGGUGGAUGAGCACAAGAAAACCAGAGUUCCUGGAGAUCCACGAGACUUAGUUGACUGCUAUCUGGACGAACUGGACAAGAGAGCCGGAGAGGAUUCUCCAUUUUCAGACGAGGAACUCGUUUCGGUUACUCUUGAUCUUCACUUUGCUGGAACUGACACGACCUCCAACACCCUGCUCACUGGUCUCCUCUACCUCAUGGCCUAUCCACACAUACAAGAGCGUUGCCAACAGGAGAUAGACGAGGUGCUGGGAGGGAAGCAUCCGGUCACGUUUGAGGACAGACAUAACAUGCCAUACAUGCAGGCUAUGAUCCAUGAAGUGCAGAGGAUAGCCAACACCGUUCCACUCAGCGUCUUCCACUCAACGACCAAAGACACCGAGCUCAUGGGAUACUCCAUUCCCAGGGGUACGUUGAUCAUCCCUAACCUGGGCUCAGCCCUGACAGAGGAGGGACAAUGGAAAUUCCCUCAUGAAUUCAACCCAGACAACUUCCUCAACGACCAGGGAGAGUUUGUCAAACCCGAGGCCUUCCUGCCUUUCUCUGCAGGUCCUCGGAUGUGUCUGGGAGAGGCUCUGGCUCGUAUGGAGCUCUUCCUCAUCUUGGUGACUCUGCUGAGGAAGUUCAAGUUUGUCUGGCCUCAGGACGCAGGAGAGCCAGACUUGACUCCGGUCUAUGGGGUCACCCUGUCUCCCAAACCUUACUGCAUGAAUGUCCAGCUCAGGGCGACACAGUAAGACGCUCUGUACACAAAUAAUCCAGUCAAUAUUAUCUUAGCUACCUCACAUUAGCUUUUAAUAUCCUUGCAGCUUAUAUUUUACAAAAAGAACACAUUGUAAAUAUACUUUACAAAUGUAUAAUUACAAAUUUUAUGAUUGUAUCAAAUGCAUCUUUAUAUGUAAGUGAUCGAUGGGAUUGAUGGGCUGGAGAAUAAACCGCAAUAUUGAGACAAAA